UGUUGCAUGUGACUCUUUUUUAUUUUUGUUUCUCUCUCUCUCUUUCUUUCUUUCUUUCUCUCUUUCUCACCUACCCUUUUGUUUAUUCACUCACAGAACUAAGAAUCCUCCCCUCACUUUCCCAGACAAAAGAAAGAAAACCAAUCUCUGGAUUCUUUGUUUACUCAAGAUUUGGUACCUUAAAAACUAAAUUUCUUGUUUUUUUCUUUUCUCUCCUUCCUUCCUCUCUUUCUUCUGGGUUUUCUUUGCAAAAGCCUGGAGGGCUGGCCGACUCUUUGUUUGUGGCUUGGACUGUGUGAUUUUGGGCAUUCUCCCAAGCUUGUGGAGGCUUUGUUGCGGAAAAGCUAAAAAAUAUUGGAUGGAAGAAGCGUGUGAAUUUCGAAGUUGGGCAGAAUUGAUUCCUGAUGCCCUAGGGGUAAUCUUCACAAAUCUUUCUCUUCAGGACAGGGUAACGGUGAUCCCCAGAGUGUGUAAAUCAUGGGCCAAUGCAGUAACUGGACCCUACUGCUGGCAAGAGAUAGACAUUAAGGAUUGGAGCAGCAGAUGCCAGCCCGACCAACUCGAUCGGCUACUUGAGAUGCUCAUCAGAAGAAGUUGUGGAUCCCUCCGCAAACUCAGUGUUUCUGGUCUCCAAACUGAAAGCAUCUUCACUUUCAUUGCUGAAAAUGCCUGUUCCCUCCAGACUUUGCGGCUGCCAAGGAGCAGUAUGAGUGAUGCCAUUGUGGAACAGAUUGCUGGGAGGCUUUCUAUGAUUUCGUUCUUGGAUGUGAGCUACUGCAUUAAAAUCGGCCCCUAUGCACUUGAGAUGAUUGGCAAGAACUGCAAACUGCUAGAAGGGUUGUGUCGAAACAUGCAUCCUUUGGAUACUGCAGGCAAGCCCUAUCAAGAUGAUGAAGCAUAUGCAAUUUCCUCCACAAUGCCUAAGCUCAAACAUCUUGAAAUGGCGUAUCAUCUUAUCAGCACUUCGGGUGUCCUCCAAAUACUUGCGAACUGCCCAAAGCUUGAAUUUUUGGAUCAAAGGGGGUGUUGGGGUGUGACAUUGGACAACAUGUUCUUGAAGCAGAAAUUCCCAAAGCUGAAGGUUUUGGGGCCUUUUGUUCUCGACACUUACGAGAGUGAUGGGUGGGAUGAUUUCUCAGAUGUGUCAGAUGCUUCUGAGUACUUGGCUUGGGACUUCGUGGCUGGUGGCAUGGGUGAAUACUAUGUCGAUGAUAGUGACAGUUAUGAUGGAAUGUGGGAUGAUGAAGGGAGGCUAGAUGAGCUUCAGUUCGGGUUUUAUGAAGGGAUAGAAGAUGCAGGAAUGUAUUGGCCUCCAUCUCCAUAAGCUAGUUGCUUUACUUGUGAUCAAGUGUAUGUUUUUUCUACUCUUGUAACUAAUGCUUCCUUCUACUUUACUUUUAUGUGGUGUCCUAUGAAUCAUGUGUUUUUCCUUCAGAAUUGAAGUAAGUUUGGCUUGCUCUGCCUAGCAUAUGCAUAACUGAGUGAUGUUGUUAUUGACCUACCUUAGAUUUCUUGUUUAAGUAGGCAAAGGAAAGGGAAGAAAAAACUCCCUGUUUCCCAUGUUAGAGCUCUACAUGUAAUUGGAACUUCUGGUUUAACCAUAUUGUACCUUCUUGAACAUGUCUGUUUGAUGAGGUUGCUCAAUUGGAUUUUCAA